AUGGCGGCGGCUUCUGACUCUCCACCAUCUACCCCUACAACACGGAGUCUCUCUAAGCUGCAACCAAGCCAAUCACCUCGGCGGAGGUCCCCAAAGCCAGAUACUCGAGGGCUACAGCGCUGGGAGAGAGGGAGACCGUGCAAGUCACUGGAUCCGCCACCCGCAACAGACCCUCUCUGGGGGGGCCGGACACACGUGGCGAGCAAUGGACCCAUGCCGCA